GCGAGCAAGAAGAACCUUUGUCGUCUAAGAAAAAGAAAUCAGUUGAAUUCCUCAGUAAUCAGUAUGAUCAAGUCCUGAAGGAACUUGACCAGAUAAAAGCUGAAAUAAAAGAAGUAUCGAAGAAGUAUACAGAAAUUUCAAAUGCUAUAGCGGCGAUAGAAGACUAUAGCUUCAAUUACAAUGUGAAAAUAGUUGGUAUGCCUGUCGUCAGCGAGUAUGAAAGGGCUUACGAAACAGUUGAGAUUUGCCUACGUCUAUUUACAGCUCUAGGUGUAAAAGAUAUUUCUCCCUAUGAUAUUCAUGAUAUUGCCCACCGGGUACCAACGGGAAGAAAUUUCCCGAACAAACCUAAUCCAAUCAUUUGCAAAUUCACCAGACGAAUUUCAAAGGAAAAGGUUAUGGCUGCACGAAAGAAU